AUGCCCAAGGUUCAAACAUGUACUGAAAACGGUAACUUCGUUCAGGAAACUUUGGUUAUUGCUUUGGAACAGCUGUAUGCUCUUGGGGCACUAAAUCAUCGAGGGGAACUAACAAAGCUAGGACGACGAAUGGCCGAAUUCCCAUGCGAUCCUUGCAUGAGUAAAAUGAUCAUUGCUAGUGAAAAGUACGGAUGUUCGGAAGAGAUCAUCACUAUCUGUGCAAUGUUAUCUUGCAAUGCUGCUGUGUUCUAUAGACCGAAAGCCAUGAUUAUACACGCGGAUUCAGCAAGAAAAGCAUUCUGGAGUCCUGCUGGGGAUCACAUCACGCUUUUAAAUGUUUACAACAAAUGGAAAGAGACAAAUUACUCACAGCAAUGGUGUAUGGAAAACUUUGUACAACAUCGUACGAUGAAGAAAGCAAGAGAUAUACGUGACCAAUUGGAGGGGCUAUUGGAGAGAGUCGAGAUUGAACCUAAGUCGAAUACAUGCACAGUUGCUAUCCGAAAAGCCAUUACUGCUGGAUACUUUUAUAACUGCUCAAAACUGGAUAAUUCUGGCCACUACAAGACUGUCAAGCACAAACACACCGUACAAGUGCACCCAAACUCAUGUUUAUUUGAAGAAUUGCCGCGAUGGGUGGUUUACUAUGAACUUGUAUUUACCAGCAAGGAAUUUAUGAGAGAGAUUAGUCAAAUAGAAAGCUCUUGGUUGUUGGAAGUCGCUCCUCAUUACUAUAAAGGUCGUGAGUUGGAGGAUCCCACAAAUAAGAAGAUGCCGAAGCAGCGGGGGAAAUCGGCGCUGGAGUUACAUGGAUAG